AUUUUCUUUUUGGCCCCUCUCUCUCUCUCUCUCUCCCUCCCUCUCCCUAUCUGUGUGUGUGUGUGCAUUAUUGGAUCGCAGAAAAGGUAGAAUAUGGGUGUGGCCCAAAACAAUAUCGACAUGGAAGAGGGAACACUGGAGAUUGGCAUGGAAUAUAGAACUGUUUCUGGCGUUGCUGGACCACUGGUUAUUCUUGAGAAAGUUAAGGGACCCAAGUAUCAGGAGAUUGUUAACAUUCGUUUAGGAGAUGGAACAACUCGGCGUGGGCAAGUUCUGGAAGUUGAUGGGGAGAAAGCUGUUGUUCAGGUUUUUGAAGGAACAUCUGGGAUUGACAACAAAUUCACAACAGUGCAGUUUACAGGGGAGGUUUUGAAAACUCCUGUGUCGUUGGAUAUGCUUGGUCGCAUAUUCAAUGGUUCUGGGAAGCCCAUUGACAAUGGCCCACCUAUUUUGCCUGAGGCUUACUUGGAUAUUUCUGGGAGUUCUAUCAAUCCUAGUGAGAGAACCUAUCCUGAAGAGAUGAUACAGACCGGAAUUUCAACAAUUGAUGUUAUGAAUUCAAUUGCUAGAGGGCAGAAAAUUCCUCUUUUUUCUGCCGCCGGUCUUACCCAUAAUGAAAUAGCUGCCCAGAUAUGCCGUCAGGCUGGUUUGGUAAAGCGGUUGGAGAAUACGGGAAAUCUCCUUCAGGAUGGAGAAGAGGACAAUUUUGCCAUUGUGUUUGCAGCUAUGGGAGUCAACAUGGAGACAGCACAGUUUUUCAAACGUGAUUUUGAGGAAAAUGGAUCAAUGGAGAGGGUGACCCUUUUUCUAAACUUGGCCAAUGACCCUACAAUAGAACGUAUUAUUACUCCUCGGAUUGCUCUAACUACUGCUGAAUAUUUGGCAUAUGAGUGUGGGAAGCAUGUUCUUGUCAUAUUAACAGAUAUGAGUUCCUAUGCUGAUGCUCUUCGUGAGGUAUCUGCCGCCCGUGAGGAAGUGCCUGGAAGGCGUGGGUAUCCUGGGUACAUGUAUACUGAUCUGGCAACAAUAUAUGAGCGUGCUGGGCGAAUUGAAGGACGCAAGGGUUCCAUUACACAAAUUCCAAUUUUGACUAUGCCGAAUGAUGACAUCACACAUCCUACUCCAGAUCUUACGGGUUAUAUUACUGAGGGACAGAUAUAUAUUGACAGACUACUUUAUAAUCGUCAGAUAUACCCACCUAUUAACGUUCUUCCAUCCUUGUCUCGUUUAAUGAAGAGUGCCAUUGGUGAGGGGAUGACUCGCAGGGAUCAUGCUGAUGUGUCCAAUCAGUUAUAUGCAAAUUAUGCAAUUGGAAAGGAUGUCCAGGCAAUGAAAGCUGUGGUUGGAGAAGAAGCGCUCUCUUCGGAGGACCUGCUAUAUUUGGAGUUUUUGGACAAAUUCGAGAGGAAGUUUGUCGCCCAAGGAGCCUAUGACACCCGCAACAUUUUCCAAUCACUUGAUUUGGCAUGGACAUUGCUCCGCAUAUUCCCUCGCGAGCUUCUCCAUCGGAUUCCAGCAAAGACUCUUGAUCUGUACUACAGUCGCGAUGCAAAUAAUUGAGGCGGGAAACAAUCUCCGUGUACCCACGUCUCCUGUUUGAUCGUUUUGACUUGAGUUUGUCCAGCUCAAAUAAUAAAGGUUGUGUACUUAGUGAGUCCCUCAGAAGCCAAAGCUGUCCGGCAUUUAGAAAGACAUCAGUAUUCUAUUCUUCUAGUGGGAACCAGUUAGAUAUUGUAUUUUUUUGUANU